GGAUAUUUUUAUACAUCGCAUCAAAGAUGGCUGCGCCCAUGUCAAAGACAACUGCGGCGUUUUACGGGUUCAAUUUUAGUGCUUCUUUGAUAAUGCGUUGAAAUAACACUUAAUUCUAAAAACUAAAUGAUAAAAAUGAAAUAUUUUCCAGACGUCAUUGGUUCAAAUCUUGUUAAACACAUGUUUUCAUUCUAUGUAAAAUGUCCAUUAAUUCGGACAGCUGGCAUUCGGACAGUCACUUGUUUAAAAUCUUCUCGACGAGCAGGAUGCAAACAAGUGCGCGUCAGACAUGUUUCUGCCAUUGGAUCCAAAUUAUCAAUGAACAGUUUAUUAAACGUUUUUAAUUCAAUACAUUGUAAAAAAGUAGUAACUGGGAAGCGAACUUUCUUUACAAGUGCUUGCUGUAGUCAGAAGACUGAACUAGAGGAUCUGUUUCCUCUACGGUUUAUGUUUAUCAGAACUAAUGUUUCAUUUUGGGAAGAAUAUCCUGAAGGAAUAAACUUUGAUGUUGGAUAUGUUGAUACAAAGCUAAAUAAAACGACAAAAUCUUCUAAUAGUAAUAGAAAUCCGGUCAUUGUUGCCUUACCAAGCAGUGUCGGAACACAUAUGGAAUUAACGGAGACUCUUAUGACAUUUGCCAAGUUAGGAUACAGGGUUGUAAUUCCAAAUCUUCCAGUGACAAAAUAUUGUCGUGGAAAGAAACAAGAAGAUGAAGCAGUUUGUCAGUUAAGUGUCCAGGAGAAGGCAGAUUUUGUCAAAGAUUUUCUCAGAGAAUUAGGAAUAGAAAAAGUAGAUAUGCUCAUUACAAAUGGAUGUAGUGUGUACACUGGUGUCAGUUUAUGUGUGUUUCAUACAUCGAUGUUUAAGUCACUAGUGAUGAUUAACCCAACUGGGUUAGAGCCAACAAAAUCAAUGCUACCAUUAUGGGUACACAAGAGGUACACAUCAGUGUUUGAUAACAGGUUUAUACUACAAGGGUUGCUCAAGUCCAUUGUUGGGGUCUGUAAGAAAUUUACCAAGAAGUCUCACUGGGAUACACUGAAUGUGUCGACAUAUUCUAGAACUGUUUCCAUUCUUUCAUUCAAAGAUGAAAAAACAUGCGCAGGGUAUUUUAAAGCUCGUAGUAUACCCAGAUUUGCCAUAUUUGGAGAAAAUACUAACUCUUUUGAUGUGAAAUCAACAAUGGACUAUCUCUCACUUAUUGAUAUACCAAAAUCUGCUAUAAAAGAAAUUGAUGAACAGAAUAAAAUCAAAAAAGAAGACACAGAAUAUAAUGGCAACUAUGGAUUAUAUAUUCAAGGUGACGGAAGUGAAGAUAUUCUGAAUAAAAGAACUGUAUUACUAAGGAAAGAACUUAUAAAUAUAUUAAAAUUAGUUCAGCCAGAUCUUUAAUGAAGUUUGCUAAAAAAAAAUUAAGGACUAGAAAUUUAAAUUAUUUGUUUGAAUUCAGAAAGUAACUGUGGAAUGUUUUUUUGUGUGUGAGCAGGUUCUAGUGAUAAAAUUUCAUAUGCAUCAAACAUGUUUAUAAUAAUAUACAUCUUUUUCAUUUGUUA